UGUUGAGUCAAACCAUUGGUUGCCCACUAAUUCCUAACAUUGUGGUCCAUCCGGUGAGCUUACCGACCUGAUUUUAAUACCAGGUGUUCCUGAUGGUGGGAUCCACUGUCGUUUUGAUGUGGAUGUGCCCGACAUGUUAGCGAGAAAGAUGGUACAGCUUCACAGCCUGUGGGGCCGUUUGCCUGUAGGUGCUGAGUUGAUAGGGCUCUCACUCAAGAGUGAGUGAGAGUUGUUGAGUUGGGCACGUGUGAAGCUUUUGUGGGAGGUGGUGGUGACAAUAUAUGAAUGCCUCUAGGUCCAUCUACCCAUCAGUUGGACCUAAAUCUAUUGAGGCAAACAAAUGUAGCCCACAUGAUGCCUGGACCAGGCCGGUUUUCAGGGCAGUAUGCUCACAUCGGUUGCAAGUCCCUGAUCUUGAACGCCCGUUCCAUGUUGGCACAUGAGCCAUGAUCUACCUAAUUAAUCUCUCCCCAUGUAACUGUCAUUGCCAAGCGUUCUUCAGGUGCUGAUUUCGGCAGACAUGGUUCAAAUGCAAAAGGGCAGAUAGAGUUCACAAUUUGGUGAUUAAUCCACCAUAUGCGUGGCAUGCGCGUAUAUGAAUCCUGACUCUUCAAAUCAUACAGCGAAUCUGGAUGGUGAAUAGCAAAUGGAUAGCUAAAAAUACUAUGGUCAACCGUCUAAAUUAAAUUAAGUCAAAUGGUUAAGAUUGUGCCAUUGGUGUUGAUUUUGGGCAAUGCCCCAUCUGUGGUGGGGUCCAAGAUCCGGAUGCUCCUGAUUUUUUAUUUUGCAAAUGUGUUCCACAUGACGAGCGUGGUGGAUGAGUUACCACAGCAAUUAGAAUUACAUUUGAUGUUAGUGGCCAUAUGAGUAGAGCUAUCUUUACCACCAUUUUUACAAAAUAGUUCUGCUAGAAAACAUCACCGUAUUGCAAUAAGAUACGCAUGGAAGAAUUCGGGGUAACUUCAAAUUAUCUGAACCGUUGUUUGAUGGGUCUCAGUUUAUAAAGUGGAUAGAGGUCAAAUAAAAGCUGUCAAUGGGGCUGCCAGAGCCCUUCCAUUAUUUGGCUCUUUGGCUGUGAAUAUGUAUGGUCACCAUAACCUGGGGAUAUAUCCCAGCAAACCUCUCUAUAAAAAAUCAAACAAGCGAGAACAAAUGCGUAAGGCCCAGCUGAUGGAUGGUGCUGAUUACUCGACUGUGCAGCCAGCAUCAACUGCAAUGGUCACUUCAUCCACAUGGACCAAAGUCAGUUUAGAAAUGAGAAAUACAUGGAUGCAUGUGAAGCAUGAGAUUUUCGCCUUACUACCCAAAUCCUGACAAACUUGCUACAUUCUUUCAACAGGCAUUCGGCUAAAACAUUUCCAAACAUGCAUUCCUAGCAUACACUAAAUCCAUCCAUCACUCCCCUCUCUCCAUCCAUCUCCCAAUGUCUCCCUUCUCCUUCUUCCUUCUCUUCUCUCUCAUCCAUACAUGGGGUGUCCCUUUAAUGGGCGCCAAGGUUGUCAUGGUUGUGAUGGACGGUGAUCCUGUAAUUUCUUACAAGUCCAAUCAAACCCAUUUCAGGUCUGACUCUCAUGAGACAUUGUUAUGGUCCUGAUUAAUGCAUCAGAGAGUGAAUAGUGUCCCAAUGUGCAAACCAUAGUUCAUAAACAUGAAAACUCAAGUUGAAUGGGCCUUUAAAAAAAAUCUUCUAAGCUAGAAGGUCCUAAUCAUUCAGUCAGUAGCAUAAACAUAGAGAGUUUAAGAACACAACAACAACAACCCCAACGGCAUCAGCAGCAGACAAUGAAAGAAAAGGCCAGAUAUUAGUGUCCAUCAGUGCAACCAUCUGGAUCACCCAACCAAGUGCCCCACUUAUACAAGUUCGGCGCAUCGGGACACUAUUGAAAUAUCUCCCAAAUUGCCUAACACUUACAUUAGUAAGUUGUUAAUAAGUAUGAAAAAUCCCAAUCUUCUCUCCUUUAAUUGUUAUGUUUCUUGUAGGAAUGAAGAAGAUCUGAAAUUGUACAAAGAAAGCAUGAUUAGUGGGCAUGACAUGUUCUUGGACUCUCUCCUUCCAAUGGACUCUUACACCAAACUCUACAGCUACACCCAUUUACUCAAUGGCUUUGCCCUACAUAUCACGUCUGAAGAGGUACUAGAAAUUCUCCAAAAUGCACAUGGCAUCAGAAGUAUCCACCAAGACAUCAAGAUGGUGAAAUUGACAACCCACACACCAGAAUUCCUAGGGAUCCCCAACGGUGUUUGGCCAGAGCUAGGAGGAGCCCAGAGUUCAGGCAAUGGCGUGGUGAUAGGCAUGAUUGAUACUGGCAUCAAUCCCUACCAUCCAAGCUUCACCGGCCAAAGGAAAUGGGGUAUCGGAAAAUUCAAGGGAAGAUGCAAAGAGGGAGACGGAUUCCCUCAGGGCGCCUGCGCAGGCAAGAUAGCCGGCGCACAGUACUUUGCUCGUGCAGCCAUAGCCGCUGGAGAGUUCAAUGCCACACGGGAUUAUGCAUCCCCUUUCGACGCCGACGGUCAUGGAAGCCACACAGCUGCAAUAGCCGCCGGGAAUUACCAGAUUCCCGUGAUCGCCAACGGAUUCAACUAUGGAUAUGCGAGCGGCAUGGCGCCCGGUGCUCGGAUUGCUGUAUAUAAAGCUCUCUAUUCGUUUGGUGGUUACAUGUCGGAUGCCGUCGCAGCCAUCGAUCAGGCAGUAGAAGAUGGUGUAGAUAUCCUCAGCCUCUCUGUAGGGCCAUCGAGCGUCCCUCAAGGGCCAUCUGCUUUUCUCAACGUCUUAGAAAUGGAGUUGCUGUUCGCCACCAAGGCCGGCGUGUUGGUCUUUCAAGCCGUCGGUAAUGGUGGGCCAUCUUCCAGCUCCAUCCUCUCUUUCAGCCCUUGGAUCACCAGCAUUGCCGCAUCCAUCACCGAUCGCAGAUACAACAAUUCAAUCCAUCUGGGCAAUGGACAGAUCUUGUCUGGCACUGGACUUGCACCUCCUACGGCCGGGGAAAUACAUUUUCCGAUAGUCGCUGCCGCAGAUGUGUGCGAGAGGAACUCGUCAUUAGUGACGGUUGAGAACUGUCAGCACGCUGAGCCGUUCAUCAGGUCCUUGGUCCGGGACAAGCUGAUCAUCUGCACAUACACGUUCGACUUUGAGUUCGAGUCAGCGAGCAUUACCACCGUCGCCAACACCAUCCAGAGAAUCGGGGCCGCAGGAUUCAUCCUCACGGUGGAUCCCAACCUCAGGUCCCACCAAGUGAAGGGCACCACCGUUACACUUCGGGUCCCAGGAAUCGUAAUAAACAACAUGCAAGCCUCAGCACUGUGGGAGUACUACACCACCCACACCAUUCGCAACACAAUAGGGCGCGUGGUGGCAUUUGCAGCAACGGCAAGGAUCAUGGACGGACGGCGCGCAGUUUACACUGGACAGGGCCCGGUCGUGGCGUCCUACUCAUCAAGAGGUCCUGAUGUGAACAACGCGCUAUUACAGACGGCGGAUGUUCUCAAACCCAAUGUCAUGGCCCCAGGCUCCUCCAUCUGGGCUGCCUGGAGUCCCAAUAGCCAAGGAGAUCGCUAUGUUACAGGGCAGGAUUUCGCUCUCAUUUCUGGUACGAGCAUGGCCACCCCACACGCAGCCGGUGUAGCGGCUCUGAUCAAGCAAAAGCACCCAACUUGGAGCCCUGCCGCAAUUACGUCAGCAAUAAUGACGACUGCCCAUGUAACCGACCGCUCCGGUUUACCGAUCUUAGCCCAACGGUCUAAUCAGCUGGACCCCGGAACACCAUUCGACUAUGGCUCGGGAGCCAUCAACCCAACUCGAGCCAUCGACCCAGGACUAGUGUUCGACGCCAGCUUCAAGCACUACAUCCAUUUCCUAUGUGCCGUUCCAGGCGUGGAUGAUGACUCCAUCAGGCAAGCGGUGGGCGUUGGUUGCCCCACGUCCUAUAGAAGAGUGUGGUGCUCUGAUUUGAACACGCCGAGCGUGACGGUGUCGAACUUGGUCGGCUCAAGAACGGUGAAUCGGAGGGUGACGAAUGUGGCUGAUGGUAAGGAGACGUACCGGGUUACGGUGCGGGAACCGGCUGGCGUGGGUGUGGCUGUGGUGCCACACGUGUUCACCAUACGUGUCAAUGAAACAAGGCGUGUGAAGCUAACGCUGGAAGCAAGGGAAGCAACGAAUGCAUACACGUUUGGGGAGUUGGUGAUGGAGGGGGAUAGAAAUCACGUGGUGAGAGUUCCUCUGGCCGUUUACGUUGCAAGCGUGUUAGGAUAUUGAAUGUUUGGAUCUAACGUGCGC